UCUGAGUGUACCAGAGCAAAACACUUUUGGAACCAGUCAAGCUUCUAGGGGAGGGGAAAGGAGGAAGCAGACAAGCUAGAGUUAGAAAAGUUUGCAUCUUAUUAAAAGGAAGAGGCAAAGGGAAAAAUAAAGAAUCACCAUCUUCAGAAUAAAAACUCUAUGACAGAAGAAUUAUUGAAGUACAUAAUUCUACAAGAAUAAGAAGAACUGACCAGAAGAAUAAAAUGUACUACUGAAGAGAAGCAUACAAGGUCACAGAAGAGGUAUUCCAACAACUCACUGGGGGCAGGAAUAACUGCUAUUCAGAGCUAUUUCUGCAAGGUCAUCAUCCAGGGACCUCAAUCCGGGCUUAGAUCUAUCUAUGUGCCCUAAGAAUUCAGUCAAAAAGGAAUUCCCUUCUCCUGAACAACGUCAAAGGCACCAGUCAGUCCAGUUGCAACUUGUUCCAGACAACAAAGCAUCAGACCACAAGAUCAUGUCAAACCCCGAAACAAAAAUGGAGGAAACUAAAAGCCUCAGUUUGGAAGAGGAUUUUGAAGGACAGGCCACACACACAGGCCCCAAAGGAGUUAUCAAUGAUUGGAGAAAGUUUAAGUUGGAAAGUGAAGAUGAUGAUUCCAUCCCACCUAACAAGAAGGAAAUUCUCAGACAAAUGUCUUCUCCUCAAUGUCGCGAUGAUAAAGACACAAAAGAAAGAUUCAGCAGAAAGAUGAGUGUGCAAGAAUAUGAACUCAUCCACCAGGACAAAGAGGAUGAGGACUGCCUCCGUAAAUACCGUAAACAAUGCAUGCAAGACAUGCACCAGAAGCUGAGCUUUGGACCCAGGUAUGGGUUUGUAAUUGAGCUGGAGAGUGGGGAGCAGUUCUUGGAAGCCAUUGAGAAGGAACAGAAGAUCACCACAGUCAUCGUUCACAUCUAUGAGGAUGGUAUUAAGGGCUGUGAGGCCUUGAACAAUAGCUUAAACUGCCUUGCUGUAGAAUACUCCAUGGUAAAGUUUUGUAAAAUCAAAGCUUCUAACACAGGUGCCGGGGAUCGCUUCUCCUCAGAUGUACUUCCAACAUUGCUGGUCUACAAAGGUGGGGAGCUUAUCAGCAAUUUCAUUAGUGUCACUGAGCAGUUUGCAGAAGAUUUUUUUGCUGUGGAUGUUGAGUCUUUUCUUAAUGAGUAUGGGUUACUUCCCGAAAGGGAGAUCCAUGCACUGGAGCAGGCCAGCAUGGAAGAUGAAGAUAUUGAGUAAUUUGAGGUAUAAUAUUUUAAUAUCUCAAAUUUCUCUUUUUUCUAUUACAAAGAGAUCUCUUUUUCUUUCUUUUUUCUUUUUUUUAGAAAAAUCUGUAUGUAGUAAUUGCUACUCUAACAUGUAAAACCUAACACAAUAAGUAAAUAACCUGGAUUAUGUGGAUUUCUUAGCUUUAAACAUGUCAGCUUUCUUUUCAAGUCAAUAAUAUUAUGCCUUUACUAUGUGUUUUAGGAUGUAGCCUUCAGCAGUGUUAUAGACAGAUUAAGAGAGAACUAAUGAUAUUUUAACAUUUUGGAGGGAAUCAAUUUUCCUUUUCUGAAUUAAAAAAAAAAGUCUCUGGCCUUUUUCUCUUUGGUUCUGUCCUCAGGAUUACUGUUUGAAAACUAACUAUAUUCUGUUUAUGUAAUACUAAUAAAGCUGCAGGAGUGAA